AUGGCCGAUUCCACCCCCAACACUGUGUUCUCUAUCGAAGGCAAAGGUCUUAAACUCAAUACCGCCGACGAUGUCAAGGAAUUCGUCGAAACGAUUGUACAGAUGGAGGAUCUGGAAGUGAUUCGCCUUAGUGGCAACACGAUCGGUGUUGAAGCAGCUCAGUCUUUGGCCGAUGCUCUCAAGAGUAAAAAGGGUCUUAAGCGGGCGUUGUUGUCUGACAUUUUCACGGGACGAUUGUUGGAUGAGAUCCCUCAAGCACUCAAGGCCUUGUGUGAUGCAUUUGCCGAGACUUCUCUUAUUGAACUUGAUUUGAGCGACAACGCAUUUGGUCCUGCUGGUGCUGAACCUUUGAUCGAAUACUUGUCCAACAACACGACAUUGGAGAUCCUUCGUUUGAACAACAAUGGUUUGGGUGUUGGUGGUGGCACCAUGAUCGCCAAGGCUUUGCAGGCAUGGGCUGAUAAGGCACGCUCCGAGAAUCGUACUUCGACUUUGCAUACUGUCAUUUGUGGUCGUAAUCGUCUUGAGGAUGGUAGUGCUCCUUUCUUGGGUACCGCUUUCGCUGCUCAUGGUACUUUGCGUGUUGUUCGUAUGCCACAAAAUGGUAUCCGCCCCGAUGGCAUUGUCAAGCUCGUCAAGGGUCUCUCCGAGUGCAAGCAUCUUGAACAUCUCGAUUUGCAAGAUAACACUUUUACCGCAAAGGGAUCCAAGGCUCUUGCUCGUGUCCUCAAGAAUUGGUCCAAGCUUCAAAUCCUCAACCUCAGCGAUUGUUUGCUUUCCAAGCGUGGUGGUCUCGCUGUGGCCGAAUCUUUGCGUGAUGGCAGCAACAAGGGCUUGACUCAUUUGCAUUUGCAAUACAAUGAAAUCCGCAGCGAUGCUAUCCUUGUCCUUGCUGAAGCUGUUCGUACCCAUCUCACCUUGUUGGAACUCGUUGAACUCAACGGCAACCAAUUCGAUCCCGAAAUGCGUGAGACUCAAGCCUUAAUAGACGCUCUUGCUGAACAUGGCCAUGAUGAAGCUCUUGAUGAAUUGGAUGAUAUGGAGGAAGUCGACAGCGAAGAAGAGGAUGAUGAGGAAGAUGAGACGGAUGAGGAACCUGAACUUGUUGAGAAGGCUGAGAAGGCUGAAGCUAAGGAACCAAAGACAAUCAGCAAGGAUACCGCUGCAGAGGAUGAUCUUGUCAACAAGCUCGAAAAGACUCACAUUUAA